AUGGGCGUGAAGCCAUACAAUUGCAACCUCUGUCCUGCAGAGUUCAGCCACUGUGAGAAGCCAUACAAGUGCGACGUCUGCCCUGCGGAGUUCAGCCAGAAGGGGAACCUACAGCGCCACAAGUGGACGCACACAGGUGAGAAGCCAUACAAGUGCGACAUCUGCCCUGAGGAUUUCAGCCAGAAGGGGAACCUACAGCACCACAAGCGGACGCACACAGGCGAGAAGCCAUACAAGUGCGACGUCUGCCCUGCGGAGUUCAGCCAGAAGGGGAACCUACAGCGCCACAAGUGGACGCGCACAGGUGAGAAGCCAUACAAGUGCGACGUCUGCCCUGCGGAGUUCAGCCGAAGGGGAACCUACAGCACCACAAGCGGACGCACACAGCCGAAGGGGAACCUACAGCACCACAAGCGGAUGCACACAGGUGAGAAGCCAUACAAGUGCGAUGUCUGCCCUGAGGAGUUCAGCCGAAGGGGAACCUACAGCACCACAAGUGGACACACACAGCCGAAGGGGAACCUACAGCACCACAAGUGGACGCACACAGGUGAGAAGCCAUACAAGUGCGAUGUCUGCCCUGAGGAGUUCAGCCGAAGGGGAACCUACAGCACCACAAGUGGACGCACACAGUUCAGCCAGAAGGGGAACCUACAGCACCACAAGCGGACUCACACAGGUGAUAAGCCAUACAAGUGCGACGUCUGCCCUGCGGAGUUCAACCAGAAGGGGAACCUACAGCACCACAAGCGGACGCACACAGGUGAGAAGCCAUACAAGUGCGACGUCUGCCCUGCGGAGUUCAGCCAGAAGGGGAACCUACAGCGCCACAAGUGGACGCACACAGGUGAGAAGCCAUACAAGUGCGACGUCUGCCCUGCGGAGUUCAGCCAGAAGGGGAACCUACAGCGCCACAAGUGGACGCACACAGGUGAGAAGCCAUACAAGUGCGACGUCUGCCCUGCGGAGUUCAGCCAGAAGGGGAACCUACAGCACCACAAGCGGAUGCACACAGGUGAGAAGCCAUACAAGUGCGAUGUCUGCCCUGCGGAGUUCAGACGGAGCCAGAGCCUACUGCAUCACAAGCGGACACACCCGGGUGAGAAGCCGUACAAGUGCAAGGACUCUGGGAGCGCCGUGCUGGAGGAGGAUACAUUGAAUAAAAAACUGGGCAAUAUCAGCAGCUGUUGCGGAAGGCAGGGCGGAAGCAACGACGUAUCUGGUGGAAUGGUCAAUUGCCGUUACAAGCCAGUGGUUUCCAGAAGUGGACAGGGGGAGGGGGCCGAAGAGGUCAACUCCGACUCGUUCAAAAGGAUGGAGUGGGGGUGGCAGAGGAUGUAG